AUGAGCGCUCCAAUUGAUGCCAACAUGUCCUUUUGGGUAAAACCAGUCACGCAUCAACCUGAGACAUACAAGCUGUACAUAAACCGCAUUGUUUUUACGGAUACGGCAGAGGAAAACAGUCAGUGGUUGGCGCGUGUAAAGAGACAGUGGGGGUCUGAUCAGCCCAUUGCGAUUCGCGUGAUGAACGAAUCGGAACACUUGGGCAGCACCACUCCCCAAAUGAUUGGGAGUCACACGGGCUGGACGGGUGUUAGUUGGGCAGAUGGCGAGAGCGAGGCGGUAGGCAUUGAGGUUCCCAGCCAUCAAGGGCCCAUGUUAGUGCUGGAGGUUAUCGGGGGUAAGAACGCGCUCUCAAUAUACGGAACAGGGUUAAUCAACAGCUCUGGAAUGGUAACAGAGAAACGACAAUAUGCCAAAUACUGCGUUCAUCUUUUUCCUACCCAGACUGCUUUCGAUUCGAAAACGGUGUUUGCAAUUGUUGAGGCUGAGAUACGUAGCAGCGCAUGGGAUGGACGUCAUGGAGAUGAGUUUGCCCCAUUGGAGUACAACUUUGGCUCUGUACGGGUAUCAACGCUAGAUUUUUACUUUCCUUCCUUUGUGUUGACUGGAACUGGGGAGUACAUCGUGUCUAGUGCGAUGUGUGCCAUGAACAUGACGGAAAAUGGUGCGUUAGCCAUGCAACUAGUGCCCCUCGCGGACGCGCGAGAUUAUAUUUCGGUGGAGCCUUCCCAAGUUAUCACGGUAAAACCGCAACAACGCGUAUAUUUUACGGCAACCUGGAGUAUUUCUGAACGGGCAUGUAUGAAGGAGCUUCAAAUGCAGCUUCUGGUUAAUGGUUCACAGCCUCCCUCUGCACCUAUUACAAUUAGUGUUCAUAACUCUUCUCCUCAGCCAAAGUCAGCGGACACACCGUACCUCUACUGGUUAAACACAACAUGCAUCACAAACAGACAGUUUUCUAUGUCACAGGAGUUUCCAUUGGUGUGCGCACUUUUGCCUGUGUUUCGUCUUGUUUCAAAUGGUCGCGUGGCUGGACUGGGGGCGGAGGGUGUUAUUGUGGCACUGGACAAAGACAAGGGUGAAAAUGUCUUGGUGCGUGCGGACGGUGUCCCUGUCGUUAGUGCACUGACCGCAGGGUUAACGACGUCGGGGUUUGAUUCAAGUUUUACGGGUGAUGCUUGGGCGCAGGAGAACCACAACGCAUGGAUGAUGCCAGAUGAUGCGAAACGAUUUGCACUUGACGGACCCCCCUUGAAUCUCUCAGAAAAGACGUGUCAGUGUACGAUUCAUCUUGGAACAAUACGCGGCUUCCCCAUGGUAUAUGAGGUCUUAACGGGCAUCUCUCCUUCGUUCCAGGUGAGCCUCACGCUACUGGAUCAACAGGGCUGGCAGGUAGUGAAGGGUGAGACGAAUGCAAGCUACCAGAGCGCAAGCGGAAGUCUGCGUUGGGAUGAUCAGCUUGUUUUAAUAAAAUGGCCAGGUGCCAGCUCCAAACAAUUUGCACGACUGAAUCUCACAGAGGUGCGACCAAGAGACGGUGAUGAGACACCAAUUGGUGCAGCGUUGGUGUCGCUUUACCGCCUUGACCGCACACGUCUCCAGGUAGGCAUUCAGCUGGCCUUCCAUGUAUACGAGACGUACUCCUUGUAUGAUACAUUACACUCCUCGAGUCUUCUCAUGACAGACGCAUUCAUUGCUUUCUCUGAGCUUCCUGUUUGA